UUCAAAUUUUGCGGGAAAUUUUUACUGCGACGUCACAAAGUGCGAUUCACUUCAGAGAGAUGUCGGAAAUAUCGAUAUUGAUUUCGGUUAUUCCAUCAGAAAUCAUAAACAGAAGAUCGUCGUACGUAAUUAAAAGUUCCUCGAGUUAGAAUAAUAUAAUUUAUUAAUUUUAUAUUUAUAAUAUUUAUUCAGUUUUCCCGUGUACAUUUUUAUUUCGUUGCACAUUAUGCGUAGAUUUAUAUCUUCAUUCGAAAUUCUCAGUUUUGAAUUUCUUAUCGUUAGAAGUCUGUGAAAUGCGUCAGUCAAGUGUUUAUAUGCAUUGGCUGCGUUCGCUUUGACACUUUCAGCCUUAUAAGUAUCUUCCGUCUUCGUUGAAGAACAAAAUCGCAAAGAAGAUAUAUCCAUCGGAAUUCAGACACUGGCCGAUUUUAAGCCUCCUCAAUUCAGAGUUUACCAUGCAAAUUCGAAUGGUUAUGGUAUAUGGUAACAAAGGUGACUGCGGUAGCAGGGCUUUAAUUGUGACAAUGGAUGAGAAUGUAUACAGCUUAGAUUAUAACAAAAAUGAUCAUUUGAAGCCUAUUAAUACACGUUGGUCUCCAACCAAAAAAAUAAAGGAACUGUGUGGGAAAAAUAUCAAGACUUUUGCUUGCAGCUUAUAUUUUGUGCUGGCACUUACAGAGGGUGGUGAGAUUUAUUUGUGGAGGUUCGAUAAAUAUUACAAUUUGGACAGCAAAUCUGUGAUUGCUUCCACACCUACUAGAGUAACUGGUUUAUUAAGCGAUAAAUAUGUCGUGGACAUUGCAUGUGGCAGACAUCAUUCUCUCGCUCUGACCAGUGAUGGAAAGGUGUACGCUUGGGGAGAAAAUAAAUGGGGGCAGAUUGGCAGCACUCACUUAGAUAUCUUGGAUAAUCUAUCAAGACAGGUGAAACAUGAAUUGGAAGGGCAGAAGGUUGUUCAAAUUGCCUGCGGCUCACAAUUCAACAUGGUUAUUACUGACAAGGGCAAGCUAUAUGGUUGGGAUGACAAUAAAAGUGGCCAGAUUUCAGUGCAUAUUACCUAUUACUUAACUGCCAACAACAAAUCAAAAUUUAAUCCUCCUAAAAAACAUAGUUCUGUUAUUUCGGACAAGUUUUACGUGUACCCACACGAAAUUACUGCUGUCUCAGGUAAAACAAUAGUUAAAGUGGCCUGUGGAUUCGCUCAUACAUUGGUGCUUACGAAUAAUGGAAAGAUCUAUACCUGGGGCAAUAAUGAUAAUGGAGAACUAGGCACUACUAAUGAACUAAAACCUGCUCCGAAUUUGGUAGACAUGCCAGAGUUGAUUUUGGACAUCGCUGUCCACGAUGACGUGAGUGCUGUCAUUGACAGUAAUGGCACUGUCUACAUAUGGGGCUACUGUUUCGGCCAGGAAAUUGUUGUCCCGUUUGCUACAGGCUUCUCGAGGUUUCAUGAUGCAUUUGCGCUUUCAAUAAAAGACAUGCACAAGCCGCUGACUGUGUCUACGAAUAGUGACAUCGAGGAUGUUCUGAAUAUAUUGGAAUCUUUCGCAUUCGUUCUGCAAGCGGCAUUUGACGACCCGACUACGAGUGAUAUAACUAUACAAAUCGAAGGACAAUCUAUUUACGUUCAUAAGAUUAUUCUUAAGAUUCGUAGUUCCUAUUUCAAAAAUAAAUUUCAACAUGAUAGGGCGGAAAAUAAUAAAAGUACGCGAGAUACGCCAGAGAUAUACUCUGUAUCGAAUUUUUCCUAUAUCGUCUACAAAACUUUUUUGAAAUAUUUAUAUACUGGUAAAGUUGAUUUACCUCCGACGAAAGUGUUAGAUCUUAUGAUAUUGGCCGACGAGUACUGUGAAACUAAACUUAAGAAAGUGUGUAGCCAGAUUCUAGAGCAAGCAAUCACUCCCUCCAAUGUAGCUUUCUUCUAUAAUAAAGCGAUUGAGUACAAUGUUAAGGAGUUCGAGGAGUUUUGCUUUCAGUUUGCUUUGCGUCACAUGAAAGUUGUAAUACUAUCGGAAGAAUAUCUGAAGUUAGACAUGACUACAAAGGAUACUUUUAUGCGUCGAGCAGCUGAAGCAAAUGUUUUUAGAACAAACGACGAAAAAGAAGACAUCCAGGAGGAGAAAUCAGAGUCAAGAACGAAAGAAAUAGAAGAGAUGCAGGAAGUUGAGGAGAGAAAAUUGCCAUGUGGUCUCGCAAAGCAUGUGUAUCCAUCAGCUUUUAGAAAUUGGCCGAUCUUGAGUCUGCUAAAGCCUAAAUUUGCCAUGCAAAUUCGCAUGGUUAUGGUGUAUGGGUGGUCCACCAACAUAUGGUUAUGUAAAACGCCGGAUGAUAAAAUAUAUGCAGCAAACACAGCUUUAAUUGUGACAAAGGACAAGAAUGUGUACAUUUUAGAUUGUAAAGAAGCUGCUUGUUCUGAAACUGACAAACAUCUUAAUCUCUGCCCAAUAAAGAUAGAAGGACUGUGUGGAAAAAAUAUAAAGACCUUUGCUUGCAGAAUCUAUGGCAAAUUUGCACUUACAGAAGAAGGAGAGGUUUAUACGUGGACAUGCGUCAAUGACAAAUCGGACAAUAAAUUGCAUUCAUAUGAAAUGGGGAGGUUUACGACUUCUCGAAUCGACUUUAACGGCAAACGUAUUGUGGACAUCGCUUGCGGUCAUUUUCAUUCUCUCGUUUUGACCAGCGAUGGCGAGGUGUAUGCUUGGGGAAAUAAUCGUUAUGGACAAGUUGGCAAAAAAUCAUGUAAAUGUACACACGACAGUUAUGCUGAUGAUGUCAAGGUGCCACACAAGAUAAGAUAUGAUUUAAAAGGGAAAAAGGUUGUGUCUAUUGCUUGCAGCGCAAAGUUCAACAUGGUUGUUACCAACAAGGGCCAACUAUAUGGUUGGGGAAAACUAGGUUAUUGGGGCAACAAAAACAGCCAGUUCAUAGCCAGAAAUAAUGGGUCAUCAACCUGGCCAGAGACGUAUAACCCAUAUCCAUUUGAAAUUAUCAUAAAUGAAACUAUAGUUAAGGUGGCCUGCGGCGUCGAGCAUGUGUUGGCGCUUACGGAUAAAGGAAAAGUUUAUGCCUGGGGCGAGAACCAGAGAGGACAAUUGGGCAUUCAUGAGUAUAGGGAUACUUCCACUCCGACCUUGGUGGACAUGCCCGAGUUGGUUUCGGAUAUCGCUGCCUGCAGUAACUUCAGCGUUGCCGUUGAUAGUAACAAGUCUGUCUACGUAUGGGGCGCCUGUUUCAGUCGGUGUUUUAACUACCCAUUUCUCACGAAAUUGUCUACUAUUCAUGAUGUAUUUUCACACACUGUAAAAAUCAUGCACAAGCCGUUGGUUGUGUCGGACAUUGAAGAAGAGGUAUUCAAUAUAAUGGAAUCCUUGGGUUGCGGUGGUCUGGAAAUGGCAUUCAAUGAUCCGGUGAUGAGCGAUUUUAUUGUUCAAGUUGAAAAUAAAUGUAUUCACGUUCACAAAGUUAUUUUGAGUAUUCGUAGUCAGUAUUUCAGAAAUAAGUUUCAACAUGAUCAGACUAAAAAUAAUAAAAGUGUGUUGCAAGGUACACCAGAGAUAUAUCCUGUAUCAGGUUGUUCCUACAUCAUCUACAAAGCCUUCCUGAAAUACUUAUAUACUGGGAGAAUCAAUUUACCUUUGGAUAAAGCAUUAGACCUUAUGAAAUUGGCCCAUGAAUAUCGUGAGACUAAUCUCAAGAAAGAAUGCGGUCGGUUAAUAGAACAAGCAAUCACAGCAUCCAAUGUAGCUUUUUUCUAUGGGAAAGCGAUCGAGUAUAAUGUUAAGGAACUCGAGGAAUUCUGUUUUAAAUUUGCUCUGCAUCACAUGAAAGUUGUAAUACUAUCGAAUCAUUAUAGGAAGUUAGAUGCGGAUAUAAAGGAUACUUUUAUUCAAAAAGCGGCCAAAGCAAAUGCUUUUAAUACAUAACUCUUGUACAAAGAGCCAGUUUUGACAUAAAUGCGAAAUUUCGCUGAUUUUGAAUUUCUUAUUUCUUUGUGUGGACUAGUAAUAUUUACCAUAGAUGCUGAAUCAUACAGUAAACUGUUUUAAUUAUCAUAUCUAUCAUUCCAUAGAUAAAAACAAUUAUGAUAUAUUUUCAGUAUAUGUAAUCGAUUUUAUCAAUUUUAUUUGUAAUUGGGAAUAUUUGUAAAAUUUAUUCAAAUUUUCUUAACUAAUACAGUUUAUGUCAUCUGUAGUGAA